UUAUGGAAGACUUGAACACUCAAACGUCGACUGAUCUCACAACCGUUGCAAAUGAUGACCCGGACAGUAUCGCGAAUAAAGGACUGUGUCACUGGGGCAUCAAGGUUUGGCACAAGCCUCGCACCGCCAUUCGUUGUAACUGCAUGAAAUGUACGUGUCAGACGGGUGGUAAUUGGGCCUGCGCAUAUGAAUUCGCAUACUGUCCAUACUUCUAUUGUGGCAAUGUUAUCUUCAAUCCCGCCAAGCAAAUCUGUUGCUCCGGUAAAGUGUACGAGAAAAAAGGCGGCCAUAUGUGCUGUGGCUACUUCUAUUACAACCGCGCAGUAAUGCAAUGCUGCAAUUACUACUCCGUGAAACCGAGACGGGCCGUGUGCCCUCGUUUUAAAGUCUAGAACCCAAUUUCUCGUGGCGAAAAUGAGAGAGCGACUCUCGUAUACAUAGUCUUUGGCUUCGAUAUUAAUUAAUACGCAUGCUUGAAAUUGAAAGAG